AUAUGAGGUGUUACAUGAAAAUGCCAUGUAAAAACUCGAGUUUCCACUGACACUGGUAAUAUGAAUUCAUUUAUCAAUUUGCUGCAGCUGCGCGCAUAUUCGUCUACAAGAGUUUUUUGUUUUGUCUGUGCAAAAACGUGCCUGGUUGUACCCCCGACACACCACAAGGUGUGAUCGAAGUACACUGUUUACAACUGACCUAUUUACCAUUGUAUGAGACUGCACACGCCAUACGAGGUAGUCAAGUAUUUCAAGUUGUUAUAAUAACGAAAGUAGCAACUGCGCGUGUGCAGAAAGGCUUAGGUGGAGUGGUGUCUGUGUACGUGUAUGUAGACGCCCCCUAUAGAUAUCUCUCUCUGUCAUUUCUCUUAAGACAUCAUGUCGGAUCUUGUCUCAGUGGCUGCGAUCAAGGAUCUUCUGACAGAGUGCCCAAUAUGUACAGAACACUUUGAUGACGCUAAACGAAUUCCCCGUCGUAUGCCAUGUUGUGUACAGUCCAUAUGUCAGCCCUGUCUGGAAACCUACAGUGGAGGUGCUGCAACCCUAUCCUGCCCCAUGUGUCGACAACGACAUUACCUGAAAGGAGGUGUUAAAUCUCUGCCCAAAGAGACUGUCAUCCUGAAGACUCUGGACUACCUCAAGAUCCAGAAAGGUCUCCAUCUUCCAUGUACAGAUUGCCCUGACAAGGAAACAGCCGUAGCCCAGUGUGACAACUGUGGAACAUUUUUAUGUUCCCUUUGCUUAAGUGCUCAUAAACGGAAUACGGUAUCAAAGACCCACACUAUAAAUACCUUUGAUGAAAUGAAGGGGCGACCUGUGCAGAGCUUCCGUCGUCUACAUCAGUGUAGUCAGCACCAACAACCUCUACAGUUCUACUGCUACACUUGUGACAAGGUUGUCUGUGUGUCCUGCACUGUAGUGGAUCACAAAGAAGGGAAGGGACACAACGUCGUGUCCGUGAAUGAAGCACACCAAGGAAAGGCGAAGUCCACAAAUGAUGUUUUAGGAAAGAUUAAGGAGAAGACAAAGAGACUUAGCAAAACGGAGUCAGCCCUUCAAAAGAAGAUAGAGAACAUCAAAUUGUCAAUGAGGGUAGCAAGCGAUGAUAUCAAUAAAAUCUUUGACAACCUGACCGAUAGGCUGAAUCAAAGAAGAACAAUCCUUCUAUCAGAUGUUGAGGGGAAAUCUGCCGAGAAUCUGAAGCUAACAGAGGAAGCCUUGGAUUCGACAAGACUACUGCUGACUAAAGUGAAAUCUUCAUCCGAAUACAUGCGACAGAUGCGCAGCAAAGCUGACAAGGUGGAAGAUCUACUGGUAAUGGGAUCAUCUGAGGCCUCUUUGAACUCCAUGUUGAAGGAGUCACCACAGGAAAUACCCUUUGACAGGACUGGAGUCAGCUUUGUUCAAGCAAACGUAAAACAUCUUCAGGAUACUAUCAAGGUGGCAGGAAUGGUCAGAUCAGUCACGUUCUCCCCAACAAAGAGGCCGAAUGGUAUGCCAGAUACUGCAGCAUUCAACGCCAUCACACUGGAACCUGCAGAGUUCCCUACAGACAUCAUGUCGGAUCUUGUCUCAGUUGCUGAGAUCAAGGAUCAUCUGACCGAGUGUCCAAUAUGUACAGAACACUUUGAUGAGUCGACACGAAUUCCCCGUCGUAUGCCGUGCUGUGUACAGUCCUUAUGCCAACCAUGUCUAGAAACCUGCAGUAGAGGCACAACAGUCUUAGACUGCCCCAUGUGUCGACAACGACAUUACCUGAAAGGAGGUGUUAAAUCUCUCCCCAAAGAGACUGUCAUCCUGAAGUUUCUGGACUACCUCAAGAUCCAGAAAGGUCUCCAUCUUCCAUGUACAGAUUGUCCUGAUAAAGAAACAGCUGUAGCCCAGUGUGACAACUGUAGAACAUUUUUAUGUUCAAUCUGCCUAAAUGCUCACAAACGAAAUAUGGUUACAAAAAAACACACAAUAAAUACCUUCCAUGAGAUGAAGGGCCGACCUGUACAGAGUUUCCGUCGUGUACAUCAGUGUAGUCACCACCAACAACCUCUACAGUUCUACUGUAACACUUGUGACAAGGUUGUCUGUGUGUCCAGCACUGUAGUAGAUCACGAUAAAGGGAAGGGGCACAACGUCGUGUCCGUGGAUGAAGCACACAAAGAAAAGAUAAAAUCCACCGAUGAAUUUUUGGUUAAGAUGGAGGAAAAGACGAAAAGACUGAGCAAAACAGAGUCAGAUCUUAACAUGAAGAUAGAGGACAUCGAACUGUCAAAGCGCGUGUCAAGAGAUGAUAUCAACAGAGUCUUUGACAACUUGAUCGAUGCUCUGAAGCAAAGACGAAAAAUCCUUCUGUCUGAUGUUGAGGAGAAAUCAGCUAAAAGUCUCAAGCUAACAGAGCAGGCGCUGGAUGCAACAAGACUACUGCUGAGGAAAGCGAGGUCAUCUAUAGAAUACACGAGACAGAUGAGCAGCAAAGCUGACAGGAUAGAAUAUCUGCAAGUAUUGGGAUCAAUACAUAAAUACAUGUUGAAGGAGGAGUCACCAAAGGAAAUACCCUUCGUCAGGACUGGAGUUAAUUUUUUCCAAGCAAAUGUAAAACAUCUUCAGGAUACUAUCAAGGGGGCAGGAAUGGUCAGAUCAGUCACGUUCUCCCCAACAGAGACGUCGCAUGGUGUGGAAGAUUCUGCAGCAUACACCGCUAUCAUUGUGGAACCAGCCGAGUUACCUUCAGUGAUCGAGAUCGACCGGAAGAUGUCUGACCAGGAGAUAACAUGUCCAACUCUGGAAUGGUACACUGACACUGCAAAAUGCAUCAUUGACGUAUCUGAAUGUGUAAUCACAAACACAAGACCGGCUGUUAUUUCUCCGAACACAGGAUGUCGGAUACGAAAUGCCAGAUCAUGUCUAGCGUCCAGACCUUUGGUGGUCCGAAACAGUCCUGGGCAGCGUUGCAUGUAUGGAAUAAAGUUGGGGUUAUCUAUAAAGACAUUGGUAGGAAGUAAUAAACUUAUACAAGAGAUAGCCCUGACAUCCUCUCCUGAAGAUGCUGUCCGGCCGCAACACAUUGGACUGAGUGUGUAUGUUGCAACAUGCUCCACCCACAACCAACAGCUGUGUCUUCGGGUAAACUACAAUAAAAAGCUCUUCACUCACCUUCCACUCACUGAGAACAGAGUUGGACAGUCUUAUGACCUUCAGCUAUACUUUCUACUGGAUGGAGCUAGUGACAAAAUAUUAGUCGUUAAUGCCAUUGACAAUUCAGUGUACACCACUGUUACAGAUGUAGAAUUUGACAGACCACUGUGGGUUAUGAUGUAUGUUUGUGAUCCCACAAAAGCGGUUGUAAGAGGAGAACUGAUAUCUGGCCACAAAAUCCAAGGAACCUUUGCCAACUUUAAUCUGUAGAAUCUGUAGAACAUAUUAACAUUUUAACAAUAGAUUUUUGUAAAUAAAGUGUUUGAAUCUGAAUUUCCCACACACUACUGUCAGUGAUCAUGAG